CACGGUAUGUAUAUACAAGCUGGUUAAAUAUUCUCGACCAAUGGCGUUUCUGCGCAAGGCAGCCUAGGAUCGACGCGCUGCGAUAGUCGUAACAAUUUCGGACAGUUCGUUCCCCGUUUUCACGCCAUUAUGGAUUCGUUAGCGAAUUACGCUAGUGACGGGGACAAUAGUAAUAAUUCAGAAGAUCCAAAGAUAUCAUAUGGGAUGCAUGGUGAUACCAAUAAAAGAGCCAGUGACGCAAACUACGAUCCAGUACAAAUGGACAUGAGUGAGGAAAGCAACAACAACAAUUCGUCUAGAGAAUCCAGUAGUGAAAGAGCACAGAGUCCAGCAGCACAAUCAAAAACAGACUCAUCUCGAUCAUUACCUUCUCCCUCAGACCAGAGGCGAUCUGAUCAUGAAAAUCACACAGCAAAUUCAAAAGACGAGCACAAACGAGGAGAUAGAUCCGACCGUAAUAGACAUAUGAGUGAUAAGGGACGACGACCAUCAUACGAUGAUAGAAGACAACGAGAAAACAGUCAUAGAGACAGAGAUAUAAAAAGGAAUCGGGAUGAUGACAGAAAAUCCCGUGACGAUGAUAAAAAAAAAGAAAAGAGUUCGUUAGGAUCAAGUAGAGAUGAGAAGAGUGAUGAUAGAGAAAAGAGCGACAAGGAUCAUCACUAUCGUGAUGAUCGAAGAGAUCGAAAUCGUGACAGAAGUGACAGAGAUAGGCGCAGAGAUAGGGACAGAGAUCGAGAUCGCCGACAUUCUAGAGAUGAUAGAUCGAAAGAUCGAUAUCGAGACGAUCGAUCCAGUUAUCAUAAAGAAAAAGAUCGUGCAAGAUCAAGAUCUAGAUCGAGAGACCGAGCUCCACCUCCUUUUCGAACAAUGAGUUAUAGAGAAGAAAAAGGUAGAAAUAAGUUAGCUCAAUUAGAGAAGUUAGGAAUUGAACUUAAAGCACCAGAAGGAGACACUACUACACCAGGCAUUCAAAAUGAACAGAAUUAUUAUAAUCCUUUAGCCACAGCGACGCAAGGAAAAUAUGCGGAACAGAUACAGAAGAGAAAACUAUUAUGGGCGAAUAAGUCAAAACAAGAUGAAGGUAAAACAUCUACAGCAGCUUCUACUGCAAACACUUGGGUAGGAACAACAUUCACUCAUGAUCAGGAUGGAAAAGUAACGGCAAAGUUUAAGCGGUUAAUGGGCAUCAAAGACGAUUUACCGAUUGCUCCGACAGCGGGUACCAAACCAGAUAUAUUAAAAAAACAAGAAGAAAUGUUCAAUAACAUGGAACAACAGUAUGAGGUAGCACGUGCUACUACACACACACAACGAGGUGUCGGACUUGGUUAUGCUACUGGUGGCUAUCAAUUUCCUCGAUAAAAUGUGUUGAAACUUUUGAACGACAUUGAGUUAUGAUUAAUAACAAGUCUAACACAGGUGCAACUCGAUUUUUGGUUUUACAAUUUCGUCAGGUCGAUUACAAAACAGAGUUUUUAUUUCAAAGUCGUUAUAUAUAGGAAUUAUAGAGUAAUUAAAAGCUUAUCAAACAAAGAUUUGAAUAAUCUUGUUAUAGUUAUAUAAUUAUAUUGUAAACAUUUAAAAAAAUAAAUUUAUUAAGAAUCUGGAAGAAGAACUCUGUGUUUUCGAUUUGACGAUAAAUAUUCUUGAUUAAUUUUUGUUUGAGAAAAAAAAUGAAAAGACAAGAAAUCUUUGUUUGUUACGAAUGUGUUUGUAACAUCAAUUUAUAUGAUAAUUUCAUUGUACCUAUAUACUGUAUGUACAAAUAAGAGAUACAUUGACAUGAAUGAUGUUUUUUUCUCUCUCUUUUUUUAAUAAAUGUCAAAUAAUUUUUGAA